CUUGUGGCACUCAAACUCAGGCGGAAUGCAUCUUUUUGGUGGGAAAAUCUGAAGAAACAAAGAGAACGUGAGGGGAAGAGUAAGAUCGUUACAUGGGAGAAAAUGAAAAGGGAGCUAAAGAGAAAAUAUUUACCUCAUAAUUAUAGACAAGAGAUCUUUCUCAAAAUACAUGAUUUCAAGCAAAAAGAUCUUAGUGUGGAGGAGUACACUGCAGAAUUUGAUAAUUUGAUGUUAAAAGGAGAGCUUGUGGAACCGGAAGAGCAAACAAUUGCAAGAUACUUGGGAGGUCUGAAGUAUGAGAUUGCUAAAGUUGUUCAGCUACAGCCAUAUUGGUCUUUAAAUGAUGUGAGCAAGCUGGCAUUAAAAGUUGAAAAGCAACAGAAGUUUGAAAAGAGUUUUCGGUAUAGCUCAAAAGAAGGCUACACAAAAGGAGGAAGUUCCAAGCCUACUGUCCAAAGCAAGGUGAUAUCGAAGGUGCAAGAAAAGGGUGAAGAAUCUGCUGGCAGCAAAAAAACACAUAAUUCUUCUACCCCAAGUGGUCGAAAAUGCUUCAAAUGUCAUGGUUUUGGGCAUAUCGCAUCAGAUUGUCCAAAUAGGAGGAUUGUAACUUUGGUUGAAGAUCAUAGUGAUGGAGGAGAAGAUGAAACUGACAACGAACCAAAAUACGAUGAUGAUGAGGAAGAGAUUACUUAUGCUGAUCAUGGUUUGUCUAUUGUAUUGCAACGUAGUUUACAAGUGUCAUAUGUGGCCGACGAUGAAAGUUGGGUGAGAAAAAAUGUGUUUCACACUAAAUGCACUUCUCUUGGCAAGGUGUGCUUGGUGAUCAUCGACAGUGGCAGUUUUGAGAACGUGGUUUCUUUGGAAAUGGUGCAGAAGCUGAAGUUGGAUACGAUCCCUCAUCCACAUCCAUACCAAUUAUGUUGGUUGCAAAAAGGAAAUGACAUCAAGGUAACUAAAAGAUGUUUAGUUUCAUUUUCUAUUGGCAAGUAUUAUAAAGAUAAAGUGUGGUGUGAUGUUGCCCCUAUGGAUGCUUGUCAUUUACUAUUGGGAAGACCUUGGCAUUAUGAUAGAAGAGUGUUGUAUGAUGGUUAUAAACAUACUUAUUCUUUUAAAGUGAAUGAAAAGAAGAUUAUCUUAGCUCCAUUACAACCUUCCGAAAUCAGUGCGCCAAAGAAGGAAGUUAGUGCUUUUAUUUCUUAUAGAGAAUGCAGAUAUGAAUUGGACAAGGGCGGUCAUGUUUUGGCCCUAAUGGUAGUAGAGGAGAACGAACAACAUAAGGAGACACCAAAAAUCAUGCAACCAAUCCUAGAAGAAUUUCAAGAUGUUAUACCGGAAGAGAUUCCACAUGGCCUUCCACCUUUGAGAGACAUUCAACAUCACAUUGAUCUUAUUCCGGGGGCUGUUCUACCUAAUAAGGCUGCGUACAGAAUGAGUCCUAAAGAACAUGAAGAACUUCAAAGGCAAGUUGAUGAAUUAGUGAAAAAGGGGUUAAUUCGGGAGAGCAUGAGUCCCUGUGCAGUUCCAGCCUUGUUGGUGCCUAAGAAAGAUGGUUCUUGGAGAAUGUGCGUGGACAGUCGCACCAUCAACAAAAUCACAAUGGACUAUCGCUUUCCUAUUCCAAGGUUAGAUGACUUACUUGAUCAAUUGUGUGGUGCUUGUAUUUUCUCAAAAAUUGAUUUGAGGAGUGGCUAUCACCAAAUAAGAAUGAGGCCCGGAGAUGAGUGGAAAACAGCGUUUAAAACUAGAGAAGGCUUAUAUGAAUGGUUGGUUAUGCCAUUUGGACUAUCUAAUGCUCCUAGCACAUUCAUGAGAUUUAUGAAUCACAUACUUAAGCCAUUCAUUGGAAUAUUUGUUGUUGUUUAUUUUGACGAUAUAUUGGUGUACAGCAAGAGUGAAGAGGAGCAUAUGAGUCAUCUGAAAGAAAUCUUUCUUAUUUUGAGGCAGCAAAAACUUUAUGCUAAUCUAAACAAAUGUGAUUUCUUUACUUCUAGUGUGGUGUUUUUGGGGUAUGUUGUUUCAAAAGAUGGAAUCAUGAUGGAUCAAAGUAAGGUGGAAGCUAUUCUCAAUUGGCCAACACCUGCUUCAUUACAUGAUGUGAGGAGUUUCCAUGGCUUAACAUCUUUUUAUAGAAGAUUCAUCAAGAGUUUCAGCUCUAUUGUCGCUCCAAUCACCGAAUGUCUGAAAUGUGACAAAUUCAAAUGGACUAGUGAGGCUAACGAUGCUUUUGAGCUUUUGAAAAGAAAGGUUACUGAGGCUCCUAUCUUAGUUCUACCAAAUUUUGAUAAUGUGUUUGAAGUUGAAUGUGAUGCAUCUAAUGUGGGAAUUGGUGCUCUGUUGCCAGCUUUCGAGCGGCUCCCCGAGGCUCAGCUCGUUCUUACUUAG